AUGUUUCACACAUUCGAAGGGUUUGAGAACCCAACAACAACUCCGGCCCGUAACAGGGCUACCAGUGAAAGGCGCGAAUCCAUCAGUCGCCGUGUGACGACUCUCCGCGCUUGCACAUCUUGUCGCCAUCGUAAAAUCAAAUGUGAUGGCGAAAAACCGUGCGAGGCGUGUCGAUGGUAUAAAAAGUCAGACCAGUGUCACUAUUCUGAUCCGCGGCCCUCGCGAAGGCAUGUGGAGAAGUUGUCUACCACCUUAGAAGAGUACAGGAGUAUCUUGGGGAAAUUGUUUCCUAAUAUCUCACCGGAAUCUCUCACAAAUCUCUCGCGUGAAAAACUGCUCGAGCUUACAACUGCCUCCUCGGGAUCCCAUAUUCAGACUGUUCCGCAUCAUGCCGAAUCACCAGCUACUUCGGCGUCAAUGGAUGCUCAUGUCUCCCCUUUAUCAAAUGAUGACGACAAUCUCGAGUCUCUGCAGAGUAUGCCUGAGGAACUACCUAACAGCCGCAACACCAGCUCGACAGACCUAGUAGAAGGCGUGUCAGACGAUGUUAAUGCGCUGUCACUCUCUACCCGACAACCUUCAUCUUACCUGGGUGUCUCAUCCAUCCAGGCAGUCAUUAAAGUCAUUGUCUGGCUGGACCCGGGCUGUGCUUCAUAUUUCUCUCGAACUCCAGCCACAGACCAAGAUAACCCGACAGGAUGGCCGCAUUGCGCGCCUAUCACACCCCCACAGCCGUGCAUUCCGCCGUCAGAGAUGCAGAUGCUCGACGCUUAUUUCCUUUACUUCCAAUCAUUUGCGCCGAUGAUUGAUGAGCGAUCUUUUCGAGAAACUUACUGUGCCGGCCGCCGCAGAGAUGAUCCUUGGCUUGCGCUGCUAAAUAUUGUUCUCGCUUUGGGUAGCAUUGCCGCUACAGGCCCUGAUGAUACGACGCAUCAGACAUACUUCUUGCGUUGCAAAAAUCACUUGAGCAUAAGUUCGCUAGGGAGCUCCCACAUCGAGAUUAUCCAGGCAUUGGGCCUGAUGGGUGGCUGGUACUGUCACUAUAUCAGCCAACCGAACCUGGCAUAUUCUUUGAUGGGUACCGCGCUACGAAUGGCCGCUGCCUUGGGUCUGCACAAAGAGUUUGCAGAGACCCGACAGCUUCCUAGUCCUGCCAAACUCGCCUCGAUGGACCUGAAACGGCGUGUCUGGUGGUCUCUGUACUGCAUGGACACUUGGACAGGGAUGACACUAGGUCGGCCCAGUAUGGGACGCAUAGGCUCAACCAUCACUGUCAAGCCUCCUCUGUGCCGAGAUAAGGAAAAUGUCCUCGAAAUCCUCCCUCUAGUUGAAAACAUUCGUUUCGCCAAGAUCUCAACCCAAGUCCAAGAAUCUCUCGCGGCAGCACCGCUAGUCAAGCAUCAAGAAAUGUCGCACGCUGACACCCAGCUCCUCGAAUGGUGGGACAACCUUCCAUCUGUUUUGAAAGAUCACGAACCAUGCUCAGAGUCAAUAAAUACCGUCCGAACAGUUAUGCGCUGGCGCUACUACAACCAACGAAUACUUCUAUAUCGACCCACAUUACUCAACUACGCCAUGCGUCGUGUACCUUAUAUCGCACUGCGCUCAGAAGAGCGCACGGCUAUUGAAAAAUGCCGCGAGGUCGCUGAGCUGGCUAUCCAGAAUAUCGCUGCUACGGCUCAGCUCAACCAACUGUGUGGCUGGAAUGCUGUCUGGUGGACAUUUCAGGCUUCUAUGGUUCCCCUGGUGGGGCUGUUUCUGAACGAUCCAACUGUCGAUGACCCCCGUGCUUCGGUUGAGUCCUGCCAGGCGCAAGUUGAGAUGGCUAUGAUGACACUGGCUCGUAUGCAAUCUUUUGGGCAUACGGCGAAACGCUCAUUGGAUGCUGUUACGCGCAUCUAUGAAGCUAGCAAGCGUGGACAGGACCUUGCCGACACAGAUUCUGCAGCUGGGAUCCUGGGUACAUCGUAUCCCGCUGGUCGGGAUAUGUCGCUCUUCUUCUCAUCGCCUCCUGAGCCUGGUCAUGGCAAUAUGAAUGCCACGAUAGCGGACAAUGGGUUCCUUGACCCUCUCGCUACUCAAUUUAUGGAUGAUUCUGGUGGCCAGUAUCUUUGGGAAUAUCUGAGCUGGAGUGAUAACAAUCUUUGGCCGGGAAUUGUUAAAGAUCUUGAUGGGCGGAACGACGCAAUGGCUUUGUUAACUCCCGAUCAUGAAAAAGGCCCCAAAUUUGGAGAACAACAGCCGUAUUUUGACCCCAUGCCGGAAUCUGGGUACUUCGUCAAUGGUGGAAUUUACUAUUAA